AUGCCCCAUCCGAGUGUUUACGAUGCAGCAACAAAUCCAGUCAACAAGAUUCUUCAGCCGAAUGACUUGUCGGGUGUUGGAGAGUACGGCAUCAGAGCGAGCGUGGUCUCUCCCGCACUGAACGUCAUGUGUGUCAACAUGUCUCCCGAGGAAUUGGAGCCACUGGUCUAUACAGAGUGGCCCAUAGGCAAGGUGUUGUACGACGACACGACAGUUCCAGGACAGAGAACCGGAAAACCGGACUGGGAGAAGUAUGUUCCCGGCGUUUCGGAAACGGAGUGGCUGAAUCGAACUUCGGUAGAUGGCAUCUUUCGCUGGGGCGAGGACUAUGGGCGACGGCCGCCAGUGUUCCCGCUUAAUAUUGCGGAUCAAUGGCGUCUGUCAAUGGACAUCAACGGCGGAGCCCAAAACAACAACGCCUCCAACGCCCGCAUUCUUACCCAAUUCGUCCUCCAAGAGCCACAGCUCAACCCCCUCCUCCCUUCGAUAGCCGAAGCCCUCGCCGUCUACGCCUCGUCAACCCUCAUCAUCGGCGGUCUCAACACCCCUUUUGAACACUACUGGCGCCACGAAAAGAUGCAGCUCGGCGCGCCGGGCAGCCUGGACCCCUUCAACGCCUCGAUCCGCACGCAGGAGUACACGUCGGGCCACAGUGCCGAGUGGCAAAAGUGCUUCUACCUCGUCCUCGCCCUCGUCUUCGUCAUCAACGUCAUCUGCCUCGCCUACCUCCUCUCCCGGUCCGGCCUGGUGACAGACUUCACGGAGCCGCAGAACCUGUUUGCGCUGGCCGUCAACUCGCCGCCGAGCGAGCAGCUCAAGGGCAGCUGCGGCGGCGGGCCGGUCAAGAGGGAUCUGGUUGUGCCAUGGCGGGUUGGGUACACGAGCGGUGCGAAUCACUACUUUUUCGAAGAGGCUAACGACAGGCCGUGGCGCGGCAAAUAUUCUAAGCAGGGCUUGUCUGCUGACACGGGGUACAAUGGACAGGAGCGGAGUAGUUAUAAGAGGCUGAGCACGAGGAAUACAUGGUUCUAA